AUGCGUUCCCGCACAGGAGGGCCUGCGGAAGGGAGGAUUGACGAGCCCUGGCGCGGAGCCAGCGCGGAGGUUGUCCCCUCCCCCGCCCCAGGCCCGCGGGGCUGCGCGCAGUCUAGCAUCGACUUUAGGGGGCGGUGUCUUCGGGAUGGAAGGACUGCCAAGAGGGAGGAGGAAGGGGAGAGGAGGUGGAGACUCCUUUCAUCACCGGCUAUAAAGGAACGGCCCGGGGUGCCCGGUUCUUGCACUCGCUGGAAAGACGCUCAGAGCCAGGGGCCACUCCAAAGCCAAGUCGCGCUGAAGGGCCGAGAGGACAGAGCCCUGCGCAGAGGCAGCAGCUCCGUGGGCGAGGCGGAGGCCGAAGAGGGGCUCCAGGCACCGAUCCUCGCGUGGCCCGGUGCCCCCAGCCCCGGAGGCGUCCCAAGGCGCUUCUUGUCCCCGCAGGAGCCAUCCUGCCAGCGCUUGCUGAGCGGUUGCCUCCAACUCUGCGCUAGAAGAAAAACUUCCCGCUCGCAGGCAGAACUGCAGCGCCUCCUCCCAAGUGACUCCGGGAGCCCUGUCUGCGGUCGGCUCUGCGCGUACUUUCAAAGAAUAAUAUGCGGGCAGUCUCGGGGCUCGCAGUCUGCGCCAGUGCUGCUGCUGCUCGCGGCGGCCGCAGCGCUGCUGGCUGUGCCGGGCGCGCACGGGCGCCCGGAGGAAGACGAGGAGCUGGUGCCGGCAGUGGAGCGCCGCUCGGGACACAGGACCGCGCACCUCCGCCUAGACGCCUUUGGGCAGCUGAGCCUGGAGCUGCAGCCGGACCGCGGCUUCCUGGCUCACGGCUUCACGCUCCAGACCGUGGGACGCAAACCCGGCCGAGGCGCUGCAUCUGGACCAGGUUGGCGACUGGCGCACUGCUUCUACUCCGGCACCGUGAACGGCGACCCCAGCUCGGCUGCGGCUCUCAGCCUCUGAGGCGUGCGCGGCGCCUUCUACCUGCAGGGAGAGGAGUACUUCAUCCAACCCGCGCCUGCCGCCGCCACGGUGCGCUUAGCCCCCGCCGCCGCGGGGAGGAGCCCACCGACACAGCCCCAGUUCCAUCUCCUGCGGCGGAGGCGGCGGGGCGGUGGCGGCGCCAAGUGCGGGGUUACAGACGACGAAACUCCACUCUCGAGGGGCGCAGGGCCAGAGGGCGAGGACGCCGGGGCGCAGUGGCGGCCGAGGGACCCGGCGCCUCCGCGCGCGGGGCAGCCAACAGGAAGUGGAAGCAUAAGAAAGAAGCGAUUUGUGUCCAGCCCCCGUUAUGUGGAAACCAUGCUUGUGGCCGACCAGUCGAUGGCAGAGUUCCACGGUAGUGGCCUAAAGCACUACCUUCUCACCUUGUUCUCGGUGGCAGCCAGGUUGUACAAACACCCCAGCAUUCGGAAUUCGGUUAGCCUGGUGGUAGUGAAGAUUCUAGUCAUCUAUGAGGAACAGAAGGGGCCAGAAGUGACUUCCAAUGCUGCCCUCACUCUGCACUUCUGCAACUGGCAAAAGCAGCAACCACCCAGUGACCGAGAUGCCGAGCACUAUGACACAGCGAUUCUUUCACCAGACAGGACCUGUGUGGACCCAGACAUGUGAUACCUUGGGAUGGCUGAUGUGGAACUAUAGUGUGACCCCAGCAGAAGCUGCUCCGUAGAAGAUGAUGGUUUACAAGCUGCCUUCACCACAGCCCAUGAAUUAGGCCACGUGUUUAACAUGCCACACGAUGAUGCGAAGCAGUGUGCCAACAUCAAUGGUGUCAGCCGGGAUUCUCAUAUGAUGGCGUCAAUGCUUUCCAACUUGGACCACAGCCAGCCCUGGUCUCCCUGCAGUGCCUACAUGAUUACCUCAUUUCUGGAUAAUGGUCAUGGGGAAUGUUUGAUGGACAAGCCUCAGAGCCCCAUGCAGCUCCCCUCCGAUCUUCCUGGGACCUUGUAUGAUGCCAACAGGCAGUGCCAAUUUACAUUUGGAGAGGAGUCCAAACACUGCCCGGAUGCGGCCAGCACGUGCACGACUCUCUGGUGCACAGGCACUUCGGGCGGGUUGCUGGUGUGCCAAACCAAACACUUCCCUUGGGCAGACGGCACCAGCUGUGGAGAAGGGAAAUGGUGUGUCAACGGCAAGUGUGUGAACAAGACCGACAAGAAGCAUUUUGAUACUCCUGUUCAUGGAAGCUGGGGCCAUGGGGACCCUGGGAACUGUUCGAGAACGUGUGGUGGAGGAGUUCAGUAUACCAUGAGGGAAUGUGACAACCGUCCCAAGAACGGCGGGAAGUACUGUGAAGGCAAGCGCGUGCGCUACAGGUCAUGUAACAUCGAGGACUGUCCAGAUAAUAAUGGAAAAACCUUUAGAGAGGAACAAUGUGAGGCACACAAUGAGUUCUCUAAAGCUUCCUUUGGAAGCGGCCCAGCGAUGGAGUGGACACCCAAGUAUGCUGGAGUCUCACCAAAGGACAGGUGCAAGCUCAUCUGUCAAGCCAAAAGCAUUGGCUACUUCUUCGUUUUGCAGCCCAAGGUGGUAGAUGGUACCCCAUGUAGCCCAGAUUCCACCUCCGUCUGCGUGCAAGGACAGUGUGUAAAAGCUGGUUGUGAUCGCAUCAUAGACUAAAAGAAGUUUGAUAAAUGUGGAAUUUGUGGAGGAAAUGGAUCUACAUGCAAGAAAGUAUCAGGAUCGGUUACUAGUGCAAAACCUGGAUAUCAUGAUAUCGUCACAAUUCCCACUGGAGCUACAAACAUUGAAGUGAAACCGAAUCAGAGGGGAUCCAGAAAUACUGGAAGCUUCCUUGCCAUCAAAGCCGCCGAUGGCACAUACAUCCUGAAUGGCGACUUCACUUUGUCCACUUUAGAGCAAGACAUCACAUACAAAGGGAGUGUCUUGAGGUACAGUGGCUCCUCUGCCACCUUGGAAAGAAUCCGCAGCUUCAGCCCUCUCAAAGAGCCCUUAACCUUCCAGGUCCUUACAGUGGGCAAUGUCAUUCGGCCUAAAAUUAAAUACACCUACUUCGUGAAGAAGAAGAAGGAAUCUUUCAAUGCCAUCCCUACUUUUUCAGAAUGGGUCAUUGAAGAGUGGGGGGAAUGUUCCAAGUCGUGUGGACUGGGUUGGCAGAGGAGAUUGGUAGAGUGCCGAGACCUCAAUGGGCAGCCUGCCUCAGAGUGCGCAAAGGAAGUGAAGCCAGCCAGCAGCCGACCCUGCGCAGACCUGCCCUGCCCCCACUGGCAGCUGGGGGAUUGGUCGCCAUGUUCCAAGACUUGCGGGAAGGGUUACAAAAAGAGAACCUUGCAGUGUCUGUCGCAUGACGGGGGGGUGUUGGCUCCUGAGAGCUGCGAUCCGUUAAAGAAACCUAAACAUUACAUAGACUUUUGCACGAUGGAAGAAUGCAGUUAAGCAGGGUCAGUGUUGAAGGCAAGAUGAGGGGAAGAAGGGCUGAGGCACUGAAAUCCAGAAGGCUGGAGGGAUCCAGUGUAACUUGUUGGUGAACGACAAGGUAUAUCGAUGAGUUCCGAGUGUAGUGGUAGGUAGAAGAGAAGUUAGAUCAUCAGAAUAUCCUGCCAGUUACAAAUUUGAUAGGGUAGUUCAAAUGAUUACUAAUCUCUGAGGAAAGAUAUAGCAUGAUAAAGCCCCAGGGCAAUUAGUAUUCCUAUUAUUAUUUGUUACAUCUUGACAUGCUUUUAAAAUACAUUAUGACAUGUUUUUUUUUUUUUUAAAAAAAGUAGGAACAAUUGUCAAAUAAGUUUAAGACAUAUUAGAAUCCCUAUUUCCUGGUACUGAUUAAAUACUUUGUAUCGUGGGGGUUUGGGAAAUGCAAAGCAGGAGAAAGAUGAGAUGUUAGUUUAAGGAAUGGCUUACUUUACCUCACUAAACAAUGGAGGAAGAAAGGAGUACAAUUACGAGCUUUGGCCAGCGCUCUUUAUGGCUGCUGUGGUUUCACAGAAGAUUUUAUGCCAUCCUUUCUUCUGAGGGUUAAGAGUUCAAGAAUUCUUUUGAGGAAUGUUUAGCAACAUCAAAUGACUCCAUCUUUACCUUUCUGUGCUAGUCUUAUGUUCUUAUGUGAAUUCAUGUUGACAAAGAAAAAAUCCCAUGUAUUUGUAAAACUGCAUUAAGUCUACAAGGGGGAAAAAGAAAAAGCAGCCAUAUAUCUGGUGCUGGUAAAAACUACGGGAGGUAUCACGAGCUCGGUCCCUCCUACCUUUCUUUCCUCCUUGUGUAAGCCUACUUUAGGAAUGUGGAUAUGAAGACAGAGUUCGAAUCUCCAGAAAGUCAGCAAGAUCACUGAAAAAGGAUAUAAUGCCAGAACAAGAAUGGGGUGUGCAGAAGCAGGUCCCCAGUGUUUGAGGACAGUGAGGUCAUUUGUCUCGUGGGGAGGCUACUGAGGGGUAGCAGGUCCAUCCCCAGCAGCUGGUCCAACAGUCAUAUCCUGGUGAAUGUCUGUUCAGCUCUUCUACUAUGAAAGAGAAUGAAUUUUUCCAUAUGUAUAUAGUAAAAUAUGUUACUAUAAAUUCUAUGUACUUUAUAAGUACUGGUUGUGUGUUCCUUCUAAGAAGGACUAUAGUAUGUAAUAAAUGCCUAUAAUAACAUAUUUAUUUUUAUACAUUUCUUUCUAAUGAUAAAACUUUUAAGUUAUAUCGUGAUUGUAAAAAGGGCAUAUAAAAAUAGAGUAUUUAUACAAUAUAUGUUACUAGAAAUAAUAAAA